AUGACGCGUUUGCCCAAGAACCCAGUUGACAUGAAGAGCCCAUCCCUUCUCAAGACUAGUCGGGACGGGCGUAGCAUCAAAUUGCCUCGAUUCAAGUUUACAACUCCCGUCUUGAUAUGGCCCGGCGCCGUCUUUGGCAACUGCCUGAUGCCAUCACAAGCACACAAAGCAUCCUGCCUACUUUCGCUCCGCCAAUCGUCUCAACUCAACAAACAUCAGGCUGCCAUCAAAGACACCCCCACUAACCAGGCUGCAGCCCAUUGCACCAGAUCCUCUCCAUCCUGGCGCAAACUCCUCAUCUCCAGCCUUGCCGAAUCGUACCACUUCCCAAGAAGCUGCGAGGACAGGCAGCAAGGCUCGGCCAACUCAGCGUCGAACCCGGCAAACCGGCGACCAUACGGCCUUUUGAUGCUUCCCGAAGCUCUCGACUGCAGCCAACAUGCAUAA